AUGUCCGACUCGACCGUCUACCUCAUCACCGGAGCCGCUCGUGGGAUCGGUUUCGAACUCGUCAAGCUCUACUCUGCCGACCCUUCCAACGUCAUCAUCGCCGGCGUGCGUGAUACCACCAGCCCGACCGCCCUGUUGGAAGUAGCCAAAUCUUCUCAGGCCAAGAUCCACGUGGUCAAGAUCGUCGCUGGGGACGAGGAGGGGAACAAGGCCGCGGCCAAGGAGGUCGAGGGGUUGGUAGGAAGGGUGGACGUGCUGUGGGCCAAUGCCGGUAUCUCCGACACCCCGAAACCCGUCCUCCAGAUCAACCACGGGGACAUGCAGCGACACUGGGAGACCAACACCCUCGGACCUCUCUACCUGUUCCAAUCCUUCUACCCUCUCCUCCUCAAAUCGACCAAGGCGGAGAAGAAGUUUAUCAUCACCAGCACCCUUGCUGGGUCUUUGACCGCUGCGGUACCGUUCCCCAUUACCGCUUAUGGGUCGUCCAAGGCGGCCAUCAACUUUGUCGGGAUUCAUAUUCACCAGGAACAUGCGGAAAAGGACAAGGUCGCCGUGGUCAUGGUUCAUCCUGGCAUGGUCUCCACCGACAUGGGCAACGUCGGUAUCGAAUCCUUCGGCGGGCACGAAAAGGUCGCCUCGUUCGGAGUCACCAUCCUCACCCCCGUCCAAUCUGCGACCUACGUCAAAGAGGUCGCCGACAAGGCUACCAUCGAGAGCCACGGGGGCAAGUUCUUCAACUAUGACGGAGAGGGUCUUCCUUGGUAG